AUGACUCUUUACGUGGAUGUCAGUCAAAGCAAAAUGUUCCUCGCUUAUACUUUGCUUCCAGAUAUAAAACUGGGUUACAACCUCAAAACAGGGAUUAACAGGUUCCUUACAUCAUGGAAAAGUUCAGAUGAUCCGUCAAGUGGGGAUUACUCGUACAAGCUCGAACACCGAAGGCUUCCUGAGUUUUAUCUAUUACAGGGCGACGUUCGAGAGCAUCGGAGCAGUCCAUGGAAUGGAAUCCAAUUUAAUGGGAUACCAGAGGACCAAAGGUUGAGUUACAUGGUUUACAAUUUCAUAGAGAAUAUUGAAGAGGUCGCUUAUACAUUUCAAAUGACCAACAACAGCUUCUACUCGAGAUUGAGAAGAAGCUCCACAGGGUAUUUUCAACGACUGACGUGGGCUCCGUCAUCAGUGCAGUGGGCGUUGAGAAUCGCAUUAAGUGGGUGUAAAAGGAGGACGCAGCUGAGCUGCAGAGGAGAUGGUUUUACAAGGGUGAAGAAUAUGAAGUUCCAGAAACUGCUUUGGCUAUCGUCGACAGGAAUAUUGAUGUGA